ACCGAGAACGCCCCCCCGCCCCGUGGACCGGAGCGAGCGCGGACGAGACGAUAAACAACAGCCGCGGCACCCGCCUCGUGUGUCUGUGCGCCUCCUGCUCUCUCGCCUUUCCCCAUUCCCCCCACCCUCCCUCUCUUCCGCUCGCUCGCUCCGGGUCUCCCUCCUUCCCUCUUCACACCCACCUCACCUCCUCUCCUCCCUCUUCGCGUGUCCAAGAAAGGAACCACCAGGCGGGAACGGCGUGAGCGCAGCUGGGGCUGGAGCCGGAUCGACCCCGUUCGUCUCCAGAGGCGGCGGCACGGGCGCAGGAGCUCCGGAUCGGCGCUCAAGAAGUAAGAGUCCGCGCUGAUGUACACGUUGCUGAUUUCUUCUACCUAGACAUACUCCAGAGCAGCAGCUCUGCCCUGCCGCCGUGAUCUGUAAUCGCCGUUCCAAAAGACAACAGUUUAGAAAGGUUGUCGGCGGCCCAAGCUCUGAGCUUCAGCCUGCAUCUAGCUAGCGCAGAUGUCGUUCCGCAGCAUAGUUCGUGAUGUCAGGGACGGUUUCGGCAGCCUGUCGAGGCGGAGCUUCGAGGUGACCAUCUCCGGCCUGUCCGGCCUCACCGGGCACCACAGGGGCAAGUGCCAGAGCACGGUGCACGAGCUCCGCGACGCCGAUCUCAUAGUCCAGGAGAGCCGCUGGGCGAGCCUCCCUCCCGAGCUCCUCAGCGACGUGAUCCGGAGGCUGGAGGCAAGCGAGAGCACAUGGCCGUCGCGCAAGCAUGUGGUGUCCUGCGCGGCCGUUUGCAAGGCGUGGAGGGAGAUGUGCAGGGAGAUUGUUACGAGCCCAGAGUUUUGCGGAAAGCUCACCUUCCCCGUGUCUCUAAAGCAGCCUGGCCCUCGAGAUGGAAUGAUUCAGUGUUUUAUAAAGCGAGAUAAAUCGAAGUCUACUUAUCAUCUCUACUUGUGCCUGACUAAUGCGGUACUUGUGGAGAAUGGAAAGUUCCUCUUGUCUGCUAAAAGGAUCCGCAGGACAACCUGCACAGAAUAUGUUAUCUCAAUGGAUGCUGAAAACAUCUCAAGAUCAAGCAGCACCUAUAUUGGAAAACUGAGGUCAAACUUCCUCGGCACAAAAUUCAUAGUAUAUGACACGCAGCCCCCCUACAAUGGGGCUUUAGUUCCUCCGGUUGGACGGAGUAGCCGGAGAUUCAACUCCAAGAAAGUGUCUCCCAAGGUGCCAUCCGGCAGCUACAACAUAGCUCAGGUGUCUUACGAGCUAAAUGUUCUUGGCACGAGGGGCCCUAGGCGGAUGAACUGCAUCAUGCACUCCAUACCGGCCUC